AUGGGAAGUAAUGGAACAUUGUUAAAUGAACAACAGCAACAUCAAAAUAAUACUAGACGCUCUUUUGGAAAUUUAUUUUCAAAUAUUAUACAAAAACAACAACAUUCACAUCUUCAAAAUAAUGUGGAUGAUGUUUCUGUGAUUAGAGGUUUUAUUUUAGUUAAAUAUUUUUAAUGAGGUUCUUUUUCGUUGUGAGCAUAAAAAGUCCGUAAGUUUUAUCCGCAAGUCAUAGAUUCUUUUAAAAAAGCGGGGAGUGUAAGACCCAAAAUCAAACAGAAAAAUCCUCGGCUCUUCAUUCGGGUUUGGACUGAUAUCCAUACAAGAGAGACCAUCAAUGUUAAUUUGUAUAAGGAAAAUUAUCUCUUAAAUAUACUUUUUCAAAAAAAAAUAAUUCU